UGCGGCUCCGCGGGCCGCGCAGCUCCGGGGCCGCCCCCGCCGGGAAGCCGAGCCGCGGGCAGGCUGGUCGUCGCCGCUUCUCUCCGCAGCGGGUCACCGGAUUAAUUCUUGCAGAACUCCCGGGCCGCGCCUCCCUCCCCCGCAGCCGGUCUCCUGCUCGCCCCGCGCCGCCUCCCGCACGCAGACACAGGCGCCCGCACCUGCCCGCACGCAGCCCAGGCUCCAACUUUUGCUGCCUGUUGCGCACACCGGGAAUCCCGCCCGCCCCGCGCCGCCGCUCCGGCGGGGAUGGGCGCCGCGGGGCAGCGCCGCUGGUAGCCAACACGGCGAGCGGCCGGCCGGCUGGGGGGAGUCUGCCGGGGCUCGCCGCCCCCGCCUCGCCCGCCACCGCUGUUUCUGCCGCCCCGCGCUCAGCUGGCAUGGAGGUGCAGCUGGGAGUCGGCCGCAUGUACCCGCGGGCGGGGGGCAGGACCUUCCGCGGGGCGUUUCAGACCUUCUUCCAGAGCGUCUGCGAAGACUUCCAGGCGCGGCGUGAGAAGCCGGGCAGCAGCCCGCAGCCGCCUCCGUGCGCGCCCUGGCCGCCAAGCUCCCGGCCGCCGCCGGGCUCGCCCGCCCGCCUGCCGCUCCAGGAGCCCCGCGCCGCCGGGAAACCGCUGCCGGCGAGCGGCCCCGCCAUGGGCUCGCCCUUCCCCUGCGCCGGCGAGCUGCGGGAGCUGCUGUGCGAGGCGGGCGCGCUGCCGCUGCUGCCGCCGCCCGAGGCCGAGCCCGCGCCUGAGGCAGACCCGCUGGGCGAGAGCGCCAAGCAGCUCUGCAGAGCCGUGUCUGCCUCCAUGGGCCUGGCCCUGGAGGGGCUGGAGGCGCCGGGCGAGCCGCUGCCCCGCGAUGACUGCAUGUUCGGGCCGCCCCGCGUCCCGCGCCCGCCCGCCGCCGACCCGCCGGAACCGCCGCCCGCCCCGGCCGCCUUCGCGGGCGCCGAGGCCGCCCUGGCCGUCGAGGCUCCCGCCGGGCCGGGGCUCUACCGCGACUCGCCGUGCCCCGCCGCGCCGCAGCCCCCCGGCUUCGGCCCGCUGCCGCCGUCCGCCCGCAUCAAGCUGGAGAGCCCGCCGGGGCCGGCGGCGGGGGACGGCUGGGGCACCGCGGGCAUCCCCUGCCGCUACGGCGCCGAGAUGGCUCCGCCGGGCUCCGCGCCCCCUUGGCCCGCCUUCUUCGCCGAGGAAGGGCAGCUGUACGGGCCCUGCGCCGAGCUGCCCGCCGGGCCCUUCCUCUGCGGGCGCGGGCCGCCCGCCGAGACCGCCGACUUUCCCGCCGACGCCUGGUACCCGGCGGGGCGGGCGCCCUUCGCCGCCCCCGCCGCCUGCAUCAAGACCGAGCUGGGACCCUGGGUCGAGGGCUACGCCGGCGCCUACGGCGACGUCCGGUUGGAGGCUGGCCGUGAGCAUGUCUUGCCCAUUGACUAUUAUUUUCCACCUCAGAAGACUUGCUUGAUCUGUGGAGACGAAGCAUCUGGGUGCCACUACGGAGCCCUCACUUGUGGGAGCUGCAAAGUCUUCUUCAAACGGGCGGCUGAAGGUAAACAGAAGUACCUCUGUGCCAGCCGCAACGACUGCACCAUCGACAAGUUCAGGAGGAAAAACUGCCCGUCGUGCCGCCUGCGGAAGUGCUACGAGGCAGGGAUGACCCUCGGAGCCCGCAAGCUGAAGAAGAUGAGCAGCCUGAAGACACAAGAUGAUGAGGCAGCCAGCUCAUCCAGCCCCACAGAGGAGCAAGCUCCCAAGAUGGUGAUGACACGCAUUGAUGGGUAUGAGUGCCAGCCCAUCUUCCUCAACGUCCUGGAAGCCAUUGAGCCUGGCGUGGUGUGUGCCGGCCACGACAACAGCCAGCCGGACUCCUUCUCCAACCUGCUGACCAGCCUGAACGAGCUCGGGGAGAGGCAGCUGGUCUACGUGGUCAAAUGGGCAAAGGCCCUGCCAGGAUUUCGCAACCUGCAUGUGGAUGACCAGAUGUCAAUAAUCCAGUACUCUUGGAUGGGCCUCAUGGUUUUUGCCAUGGGUUGGAGAUCUUUCACCAAUGUCAAUUCCAGGAUGCUUUACUUCGCUCCAGAUUUGGUCUUCAAUGAGUACCGGAUGCACAAGUCCAGGAUGUACAGCCAGUGCGUGCGCAUGCGGCACCUCUCCCAGGAGUUUGGGUGGCUGCAAAUCACACCCCAGGAGUUCCUCUGUAUGAAGGCUCUGCUCUUCUUCAGCAUUGUUCCAGUGGAUGGCCUGAAGAACCAGAAGCUCUUUGAUGAACUUCGAAUGAAUUACAUUAAGGAACUCGACCGUAUCAUCGCGUGCAAGAGGAAGAACCCAACCUCCUGCUCUCGGCGGUUCUACCAGCUCACCAAGGUCCUGGACUCCGUGCAUCCUAUUGCCAAGGAUCUGCACCAGUUUACGUUUGACCUUUUAAUUAAGGCACAUAUGGUGAGUGUGGACUACCCUGAAAUGAUGGCCGAGAUCAUCUCCGUGCAGGUUCCCAAGAUCCUGUCUGGGAAAGUCAAGCCGAUCUACUUCCACGCACAGUGACCUCCCGGAGGGGCCUCCCGGCUCUGCCACCUCCAUCAGCCAUCUCCUGCCCGUAUUUCUGCACUACUGUACUGCAGUGCCUUGGGGGAUCCCUGACACAGGCCGUGUGCCCACACACACAGCGACAAGCGGCUGCUGCCUGCUGGGAUUCCCGAGAUCUCUUUGUGCUGAGGUACCUCUGAGCUAGGCUGCUGCCGGUGUGGGACAGGGACCGGGCCACGGUGGCAGCGGCACCACGUCUGCGCUCUCUCCUUUGUGUGUUUUCUACAGUGACUUUUAGUGGCCCAGGGCCACGGCAGAAAUGCCAGCAGCUGGUGGGCUUGGGGGUUGUUUUAGAAACAGAACAAGACAAGAAGCAGGUUGACCCUUUAAGUUUGGAUGUGAGUAACUUACUGACCUCCCUCAGGACUGUGUGUUUGCAUUCUGGUGCUGGGAAGCAGAGGAGGUAAAGUAUUGCAGUAGAGAAACAGCGAAGCGCCGAGGGGAUGAGGUGGAUCGUCAGCCUGAGGAGGUCACAGGAGCUGCUGUGGCCGUGGCACAGCAAGCAGAGCACGGCCUGGGCUGAGCACGGCAGAGGGGCUGCAGGGGAGGGUGACCUUCAGAGGUGCCCUGGGGUGGGUGACAGAUGGCUACUGUUUUCCACCUGGGAUGUUUGUCCUACGGACAGUCAAGAUGGACCUUGUUCUGCUCAGUCACGUUCCUGCUCCUGACAGCCACUGCUCCUGCCACAGCCAUCCCCACCUCCGCAAGUGCCUGGUGCCCUCGGAGCUCACACUGCCCCGCUCCCAUGGGCAUCCAAACCCCCUGCCCAGCCCCUCACCAGCUCCGCUCCCGCGGGGUAUCUGCAGGCCCUGGCUUUCCAGCUACACCAGUUGCUUUCUGUUUGUCCCAGCUGUUCUUUCUGACACCAGCAGCCGAGUGUCCCGGGAGCAGAGCCGCAGAGCCGGGGCCUGUGGGGCUCCCGGGGCCACCCCUGUGAGCCCUGUCCCGCAGGAGGUGGCCGUGGUCAACAGCUGGAGCCAGUGGCACUGCAGGGGCUGUAAGGAAACACCGAAGAGACCUUCUACCCUGGUGAGCAGCAGCACAGCUCCUGCUGCCCAGGGGGGAGGACUGCAGCCUGGCCCCAGCCCACACACACCCCUGUCCCAGCAGCCCCACGGGGCCCCGGUCCCCGCGACCGCCACACCGUCGGCAUCCCCAGCUGCUGCGGCCCCAGCCGGCACAGACCACACACGUGUGGGGCAGUUUAUUUGGUGGCCUCGCUUCCCCCGCUGCCCGCCGUGGCUCAGCAGCCCCUUCCCGUGCCAGAACUGCCCAGGCUGCCGGGGCCGAGUGAGCAGGGGCUCAGGGGCUCGUGCCAGUAACGGUGCUCCCGGGCUGCCCGACCUGGCCGGGAUCUUGUGCUGGCGCAGGCACGCGGCGCAUCCGGCCGUGCCGCGGGGUCUGGUACCGUCCCCAGCACAGAGGCGGCAGCAGUGCAAAGCACGGGCUGGCGUCUGCAGAGGUGGCCGUGGUCAGAGCUGUGGUCCCGCUGGGGGUCUGUGAGGGGGCAGGAGGGAGGCUGAGAUGCAGAGGUGCCGUCACUGCAGCCGCCCUCGUGAUGCAUCUGGGUUCUCUGCAGACUCUCAGCAAACGUUUAGUUUUCCUGAUACUUUGCAGCCACGCCGUGGGAUUUUCACUGAGGGAAGGGGUGAAGGUGGGGAGAAAGCCCAAAGCUGUGGAAGGGGAGGAUCUCUUGUUGCAGCUGUUUGUAGUGGGUUUUGCUCCCCUGCUGGACGUGGCUUUGAUCACGCUCUUCCUCCUGGAAUCCCUUCAUGUAGGUGGGAACGGAACCCACCGAUAACCCUCCUGAGUGCCACCAACAGGGUGGUCUCAGUUGCUGUUCCAGUUUUAGAGGGCUGCAAGCAUUUGAAUGUUGAUAUUAUCUACUACUAUUUGCAAAAGAACCAGCAAAAAAACCCCUCCCACUGGUGUGUUCGUCUCUGCCUGGACUUUUGUGGCUGUUGGCAGAGCACAGUGAGGAGCUGCGGGGCCAGGCCCUGGUCCCUGCCUCCCCCCAGCACGUCUGUGCAGCCCGAGAGGCUCCUGCAGAGCCUUUUGCACAAGCUCAUUUCGCUGAAGGUUUCAUUUGUGAGAGUGCAGGUUUCCUGCUGGCUACUUUUUCUCUGAGAGACUGGGAAGGAAUGAAACCUGUUGGGGAUUUGCAUACACUGGUUUGGUGGUGAAAGCAGAGCGUGGGUGAUGUGCCUCAGAAGGGGAUCAUUCCUGUGUGCCACCCUCCAGAUGCCGCGGUGUGCGUGGGGACGGGAGCGAGCCCACAGCUGCUGUCUCUGGCGCCCGAGUCACCUCCAGCGGCUUAUCCAGAAGUUGACUUUCCAUGAUUGUAUUAGAGGGACAAGUGGAGGAUGUGGGAACCAGGAUCACUGUGUGUGUGUGCGCGUGUGUGUGCUGAGGGGAGUUCACGCUGUUCCCUUGUUUAUUUUCAUGGGCUGCUGCAGGAACUGGGGAAAAGAGAGGUUUCAGAAAUACCAAAGCCCAGGUACUACCAUAUAUCUUUGUACUUUGUGUUUUCUGCCACGUUUUCUUGUCUGCUUCUGCUUUAAUAAAGCAAAGAGAAUUUCAUCCCCCUGACAGUUGUACAGAAGCGGUCCCUGAGGCUUCCCUUGGGGCGGCUGAGCCCUGGGAUGGGAACCUCGGCCUCGCAGACACAGUCCCGUCACAAGCCCCGCUCUGGCUCGUCAGGAGUGAGGGGGCUUCCGUGCUGCUGCAGUCUGAGCCAGUCUUGGGCCAUCAGCAGCUGAAGAUGGAAGACAAGGAGGUGUUGGUGUCGGCCCAGGAGCAGUGUUCUUGCACAGAAAGGUACAUUUCCAGAGAUACAGGGUGUGAGAGGAGGCUGCCUUUGGCUGACAUGGCACGAGCUCUGACGGGCCCUGCGAGAGGGGCAGCGUGUGCCUGGGCGGACAACCGAGAUCCUGUCAGCAGCCAAAGCCCCUUCCCACAGGAGCCCCCUUGUGCUCAGCCUCAGGAGGAUGGGAUGAACCCACCAGCACCGCUCGGUGCCCGGCGGGUGCCUGCGGGCGCGGGGAGGGAGGGAGGGAGGCCUGAUGCUGCUGCUGCAGUCUGCUGCUGCUCCCCCGGAUCAUCCCUCUCCCCAGAUGUGCCUAGAGUGUAAUACAUGCCAAACGUACGUGGAAAAGCAGGCAUGCCCUGGUUUAUAUUGCUAAAGAGACCUGUUUGAUGUGAUGCUCUGUGACAGUUUCUUUUUUUGAUUGCGCACUGAUUGCAAGUAAAUAUUCUUCAGGAGAUGAGUCAGUAUGUGCCAAUGUGGAUGAAAACCUCUGAGUAACGCUUUCCUGGUUAGGUACUGCCCAGCUUUCAAAGGUCCAUCCCUUCAUGGCAUCAGUGGAGCCAUAUUUGCACUGUCAGAGUCUGGUGUUGGCAUCAGCUUUUCCAUCUUGCCUGUGGUGAAUUCUGGUUGGACAGGGAUGGCCUUUGCACUCGGGGGAUGAUGGGGAUGCUCUUUAGUUCUGCCCUCUGUGACUGCACGAAGUGUCCUUGCGCUUUUGGGCAGAAUCUUGGAAUUCUGAAGUGCUAGCUGUCUUUUAACUGUUUAAAGCAGACUUUCACAGGCACAGAGACCCUUCCCUGCGUGGAGCAGCCCGAGUCACAGUGCCUGGGCUGCUGCAGGCACAGGCUGUGCCCCCUGCACCCAGGGGCUGCUGCUCACUCCCUUCACGACAACCAGGGUGAUUCAAUAUCUGCACCACACAUAAAACCACAGCAGAUUUAUGAUAAGCUGCUCUCUGUGCUGGGUGUUUUGUGUUCUGUGGCAAUUUAAUGCUGUUUUUACUUGUUAACACGUCUCAGUAAUAAAGAGAGUUCCCUAUAUGGAAUAUUUCAUUUUCUCUGUAAUAAACCAAAAAGCUCAUUGUUGGUGCCUUUUUGCCUGGGGAGGACUCCCAGCCCACGGCCUGGGAAAGCAACAUCUUGUAGUUGUGCAAUGUUCCACCCAGGCUGGGGAGGGGCCGUGGAGCAAAGGGCUGGUGAAAGGCACGGAGCCGGGGCCAAGGCCAAGGUGAGGACGAAGCUUUCUGCUCUUCACUCAUGAAAUGGGAAGAGCCUUUGGCCUCUCACAGUGGGCCUUUGCUGCUGUGUUGGGGACCUUUGCCCUCUGCAGCCUGUGCAACGAGGAUACACAUGCACGUCACCAUGGGUGCAACACCGCAGUCACCUUCACAACUGGCAGCCUUUUGCUCUAAUUAACAGCAUCUGAGGCCAAAUUCUGCUUCUAGAUAAGGAUGUGAGCUGGAUUGCUUCCACUGCCUUUUGUUUCUGUAAUUGGAGCUGAAUACAUGGACUAAGGCAAAGGAGCCAGGUGCUGCCAGGCUACCACCAAGCCGGGCAGUGACCACCAGCACCACGAGCCCUGAGAGCAGGGCUGGGGCUGCCGGGGCUGUGGUGGAGGGUCCUGGGAGCCAUUGCUGGGCAGGACACCCCUUCCCACAUCCAAGCUAGGAGCCUGUCUGUUGUCUGGGGUGGAGGCCAGAGCAGCCACACUCUGUGGCAGACUCUUUGGCUGUUUCAGUGCCCAUUUGGCUGCUGCCACAGGACAGAGCUUCAUGCUUCGGUGUUCGGCGCUUUGUGUAACUGUAAAGCCCUGUUUCCAAGGCCUAUAAAGGCAGAACCUUGUUUGCUGGAGCCCUGUUCCGUGCAUGUGGCUCUUGUUGCAGUUAUGUGCAUGACAACCCUCAUCCAGUGAGGAACAUUCGCUCUGGAGAUGCCAGGAAUAAAUGGGUCACUUUCCAGCCACGAGGCUGUGUGCCGGGUGACUCGUGGGCAGGUUGUCACGGUCAGAUUUCGCUGUUACUCACGUCUGAACUGUUAAUUCAUUUACAUAUCAUCUGACUAAUCUUUUCAUAUAUGCUUCUUUGGGUCUUUCCAAUUGAAUUUCAUUUGAUUAAUGUAUUUCUCAAAGCAAGGAGCUAAUAAAGGC